AUGCUAGCAGCAGCAACAAGAUACCGGUUGGGACAAGCUUUGCAGACACGAAUGGUGCAUCACAAAGUUACGAUCAUUGGCUCCGGCCCUGCCGCACACACUGCGGCCAUUUACCUAGCGCGCGCGGAGAUCAAGCCGACGCUGUACGAGGGCAUGUUCGCGAACGGAGUGGCUGCAGGCGGGCAACUGACGACAACGACGGAGAUUGAGAACUUCCCGGGGUUCCCCGACGGGCUAACGGGCAGCGACCUCAUGGAGCGGAUGAAGGCGCAGUCCGUGAAGUUCGGAACCGAGGUGGUGACGGAGACGGUGGCGAAGGUGGACCUGUCGGCGCGGCCGUUCAAGCUGUGGACGGAGUUCAACGAGGACGAGGAGCCGACGACGACGGACGCGAUCAUUCUGGCGACGGGCGCGUCGGCAAAGCGGCUAGGGCUGCCGGGCGAGGAGACGUACUGGCAGCGCGGCAUUUCCGCGUGCGCGGUAUGCGAUGGCGCGGUGCCGAUCUUCCGCAACAAGCCGCUUGCGGUGGUGGGCGGCGGCGACUCCGCGUGCGAGGAGGCGAGUUUCCUGACCAAGUACGGGUCGAAGGUGUUCAUGCUGGUGCGCAAGGACCACAUGCGCGCGUCGACGAUCAUGCAGCGCCGCGUGGAGCGGAACGAGAAGAUCGAGGUGCUGUACAACACCGCUCCGGUCGAGGCCAAGGGCGACGGCUCGCUGCUCGACGCGCUGCGUGUGCGCGACACGCGCACCGGUGAGGAGUCGGACCUGCCCGUUAACGGGCUGUUCUACGCAAUCGGCCACACCCCUGCCACGCAGCUUGUGGCCGGCCAGGUCGACCUGGACGAGUCCGGCUACGUGAAGACUGUGCCCGGCUCCACCCUCACAAAUGUCCCCGGGCUCUUCGCUGCGGGCGACGUGCAGGACUCGCGCUACAGACAGGCCGUCACCUCGGCCGGCUCCGGCUGCAUGGCCGCGCUCGAUGCCGAGAAGUUCCUGUCUGAGCUGGAAUAG